CUCUGACCUCCUCUUCACCUCUAUUCCUUCUAGUUCUCCAAUAAAUCCACAGGAAUAUACAAAGCUUCCAUCAGUGACAACAGAGGAAAGGACCUGUCCCAGAUUGACAUCUCUGGACAAGUUUUUGCUGACAUCAUCGACGAGAUUUCUAAACUUGCUGGUUCCACUGCUGCAGAGCUGUCCAUUCACUGCACUGCUACAGGCAUCCAACUUCAGUGCCACAUGAAAUACUACACCUCAGAGAUGAACAUCUGUUGGCUGCACACUGAGACUAAGCUUUCCAGCUCAGAGAAGGUGGUGAUUGGAGGAACACCAUCCAUGGCUGUCUUGGAGAUUAUUGAGCCAGUUGAUAAGGACAAGGGUGUAUACUCCAUCCAGAUAUCUGAUGCUGAGAAGACCUACACCCGUACCCUAGACCUUUCUGGAGAAGUUUAUGAAAAAGCCUAUGCAGAGUUCCAGAGACUCAAAGCGGAAGCGUAUGCUGAGAAGAACCGUGGCAAGGUUGUAGGUGGUCUUCCUGAUGUGGUCACCAUCAUGGAGAAAAAGACCCUGAGUCUAACAUGCACAGUGUGUGGUGACCCCAAGCCCCAGGUGACUUGGUUGAAGAAUGGCCAGGAGGUUGAGCCUGAUGACCAGUACGUGGUCUCUCUGGACUCUGGCAAAUUUGCCAGCCUCACCAUCAAGGGUGUGUCCCUUGAGGACUCAGGCCGCUACACUAUGAUUGUUCAGAACAAGUAUGGUGGCGAGUCCAUCGACAUCGUAGUCAGUGUGUACAAACAUGGAGAGAAGAUACCUGAGGCCAAGCCAGCCCCCACGCCUAUAACCAUUAUCCCUCCCAAAGGCCCCAUCGAGAUCCCCACCUCUAAGAUGGCAGCACCCACUCCUGCAGCCCCUGCCGCUGCUAAGUCCCCUAUUCCCCCAAAGGGAACCAAGUCCCCUAGCCCUGCCCGCAGCAUGAAGAGCCCCACCCCCACCAAGAAGAAGUAAACUCUCACCAUGUUGCUAUGCCAUCACGACAACCAGUUCUUACCCUGGACUGGAGCAUGAGUCAGUAUAGAUCUAUUGUGGUGUUGUGUUACAUACCAGUGAUUUGUUUUGGAGUGGUUAUCUGUCUCAUACUUUCUGCUCUUUCCUCCUCCUUCUCUGUUGCCUUUGAUGAGCUCUGGUGAUUCAUUUGUCAAAUCACUGUUUUCAAAACUGCUCUUACAGCAGGACAUUGAACUACAGGCUUACCCACAGGUUAGAUAAGCCUAAUUGUUUGGUCCUCUAUUACACCCUCUUUACCCACCCUCUCUCAACUCUCCACCCAACCCUUUUUGUCCCUCCCCUCUUGCAAUGGUCAGAUAAAUCAGUUUUAGCUACUGGUCUGCUAGCCUACUGUCUCCCUCCUUUGUUGUUAAUAAAAUGAGCAGAAAUCA